AUGGCUGAUUCUCGUAGAGUCCAGCUCACUACUCUGAGCUGUGGUGCCGCAUUUAGCUCCGUCAUACCGGAUUCUAACCGACAACCUUCUUUGGAGGCUCUGCAGAAGGACGGAGCAGGGUCAGAGCGACUGUCUGCUAACGAGACUGUGCGGCUGGUUUUCACUUUGUUUGAGCCUGAUAAAAGGAACUUUCCAGAGUUUAACUAUCGGGAUCUGGUUGAGAACAAGCAAACAGAAGGUGAUGUCACACUGAGUCUACCUGAACUGGAAGAAAAGGGAGAACAUGACGAAGCUGCUGCCAUUGCAAGGAAGUUGGAGGAAAAAUAUGGUGGCAAAUACAGAAAGGACAGCGUCCAGGACCUGGUGGACAUUGGGUAUGGAUAUGAUGAAGAUGAUUCUUUUAUUGACAACUCUGAGGCGUAUGACGAGUUGGUUCCUUCCUCCCUUACAACUGAAUUUGGUGGAUUCUACGUGAAUUCAGGUGUACUGCACUUUCGUCAGACCUUUGACCAUGACACUGAUGACCUCUCCACAGAAGAGGGAGCAUCAGAGCCAACAAAAAAACGUAAACUUGACUGUGAGCAAGUUGAAUCAGAGAAACGGCGUAAAGCACUCGGAGAAAUGGAAACCAACUUAAAAUUGAGCACUGUGUCCAAAGUAAGUGUGGAUGAUGUAAAGAUCAAAAAGAAGAAAAAGGCUGCAAAAACACUGAGCGUCACCAGCAUGUUGAAAAAGUUUCAGCGUGAGAAGGAAAGGGAGCGGCAGAACACUGAGAAGGCUAAUCGAAUGAUGGCUGCUGUUACAGAUCCAACAUCCUCCAUGUUCCCAGCAGAUGCAGCAGGAGGAGGGGGUUCUGGUCUGACAGACCCUCUGCUCAGUUUGAUCGGCUCCACUAAUGAUCAUGCAUUAAUCCAAGCAGCCAGCACAGUGGAUUUUGAUAUAGAUUUGGACUCUUUGUUGGAGGUCAGUGAAGAGAAUUUGUCACCAAAACCUCUUCCUCAAACCGCUGCUGAAACGCAGUUCAUAAAAGCCAGAUCUGAGCUCAACGUCCAGCAAAAUAUUAAUUCUGAAGCUGAAUCCAAAUGUUCAACUGAAAGGGUCAACCUGCAGCCGCAGCCUGAAGCAGAGCAACUUCAACUCCAGGCUGAACCUGCUCCUGUGGUACAGUCUCAGUGUACCCUGCUGCCUGAGGGACUUCCCCAACGGCUGGAGCACAGCAUUAGGAACCUUGUUAUGGCUGCUAAGACAUCAGAGGGGGAAUCAAAACUCAAGUUCUUCACUCCAGAUAUCAACUCAAUUCUGCUUGAUAUUGAGCUGCAGUGUCAGGAGCAGAGCAGCACCCAGCUUCGCUCAAAGGUCUACAAGCAUCUGUCCUCUUUCAUGCCCUGCAGCAAAGACACUCUGCUGAAACGAGUAAAAAAACUGAUGAUCAGACAUGAAGAGGAUAAACUGCAGAAACUAAAGGAGGCUAUUGAAAGAUCAAUGCCAGAGCAGAUGGCUGACUUUCAGGAAAGCUGUAAAGCAUAUGAGCAGGCAAAGACUUUAAAGGAAAUUGAGGAAGAAAAUGUUGAGGAGAAAAGUGGGAGAAAAAGUGGUCCAAAAAAGUUGUUCAAAUGGAAUCAGGAGAUCAGGGAUUGCUUGGAUCAGUUAUUGAGAGAGAAAAUUGCUAAAUGCCAAAAGGAGGGGAAAGAUGGGCAUGAGCUUGAAGAGUACCUUAAAACUAUGCUUGAUGAUGAAGUAAAACCCCUCUGGCCUAAAGGAUGGAUGCAGUCAAGGGUACUGGUGAGGGAGAGCAAGAAGUUGUCAGGCCUUUUCUCUUCUUCCCAGGUGAACAAGGCCAAGAGUUUUCAAACUCAAAAGCGUCAGUCUUGUGUUGGUGGAGCUUCAAAAUCUACUGAUGGGUGCAGGAGUCUUCAGGGAGACGAAGAACUGAAGGUGAAAUCUGGCUUAUCUGUCUCAUUACCUUCAAAGGCAGACAAAGCUCCAGAGAAUGCCACAUCCUCCUCUGGCCAUUCCCUGCUUGAUAUCCUUGCUGACCAGGCGCUGGCUCGUGAACAGCCGCUUACUCUUUCAAGGGACUAUUUGGCAUCUGCCGUUUUCAAACCCUUGGGCUUUGGUUUGGGUGAUAUAAAUCCCACUCUCCCCCCUCCACCACCUCACCCCAGCCCAAUCGAUUUUCCUGAAAGUCGGGUAACCUUGCCGGAGCUAUCGCUGGUUGGAGACGGGAGAUCUUAAGGAGCCUCCCAACUCUGAAACGGACAGAUUUCAUUUGAAUAUAAUCGUAUGGCCUGCUGAUCCAACAUGAUUCCUGAAGCAUUGUUCAGGCUCGAUCGAGUUGUUAAGGAUGGAGGAUACUUUUGUUGGUUUACAGUUCUAAGGUACAGAUGAAAAAUGUUUCUUCUAGUGCUCUUGCAAAGCUUGUAUUUACCCUUAUUAAAGAUAAAUAAAGCUCCA